AGGCUGCCCCGCGCGCGCGACGGCAGUUCGGCCACGUCCCUGGCCACGUCGCGCCCGCUCCCGCCAUCUUUCGCCGCUUCCUCUCAGGGGCUGUCGCCGCGUCCUGAGUCGCUGCCGAGCUCCGGUGUCGCCGUGCCGCGCCGACCGCCGCCGCCAUGAACAUCUUCCGGCUGACUGGGGACCUGUCCCACCUAGCGGCCAUCGUCAUCCUACUGCUUAAGAUCUGGAAGACGCGCUCCUGUGCUGGUAUUUCUGGGAAAAGCCAGCUCCUGUUUGCACUGGUCUUUACAACUCGUUACCUGGAUCUUUUUACUUCAUUCAUUUCAUUAUAUAAUACAUCUAUGAAGCUUAUCUACAUUGCCUGCUCCUAUGCCACGGUGUACCUGAUCUACAUGAAAUUUAAGGCCACCUAUGAUGGAAAUCAUGAUACCUUCCGAGUGGAGUUUCUUGUGGUUCCUGUGGGAGGCCUGUCAUUUCUCGUCAAUCAUGACUUCUCUCCUCUUGAGAUCUUGUGGACGUUCUCCAUCUACCUGGAGUCCGUGGCCAUCCUUCCACAGCUCUUUAUGAUCAGCAAGACUGGCGAGGCUGAGACCAUCACCACCCACUACCUCUUCUUCCUGGGCCUCUACCGUGCUCUGUAUCUAGUCAACUGGAUCUGGCGCUUCUACUUUGAGGGUUUCUUUGAUCUCAUCGCUGUGGUGGCUGGUGUCGUCCAGACCAUUCUUUACUGCGACUUUUUCUACUUGUACAUUACAAAAGUUCUCAAGGGAAAGAAGCUCAGCCUGCCAGCGUAAGUGCCAAAGACCAUCAGCAGCCUCUGCCCUUCAGAGUGCUCGGACAGGGUCUCACCAUGGCGAAGGCUCGGGAUGCUCAGUGCGGAGAAGCAGAGAAGGCUUCUUCCGUGGCGGCCACUCACUGGUGGCUCUUCGAGGAUGCAGAGGAAGAGACCAGGAGGCUUCUGUCUACUGCAUCCUGCCUUAUCUUUUUUAUUACUAUGUACAAAGAUUUUUUUACACAAAGAAACUUAAUGCUGUGUUAAUAAAUUCAGUAUGUAGAUGAAUUGGGGCAGUUUCCAAAAGUGAUGUUUUUGUGCAGAAUAAGUACAAGCCUUUUUUUAUUUUUUGAAAAUUUGUUGAGGUGGUCAAUUCUUUGUGUCUACAAUGAAAUUAUACUCCUUGACACUUGGUAGAUUAUCCAAACAUCUGUCAAAUUUCCAUGCUAUUUAUUUUCUUUCUUUCUUUUUUUUUUUUUGCCAAAAGAUGAGUUGUGUUGCUUGAAAUCCGAGACACUGUGUUCCAUUGGUGUUUCUGUCCAAAAGAGUCCUCGUUGUCCUGGAAACCCUUUCCCAGAUGUCACACUACAUGUCAGAUUCGGGAGGAUGACUCGCAAGUCCUACAGGUUUCAUUACCAAAACUUCAAGGCUCCCAGUGGAAACUGUCAGCUGAUGCUCACCAAAUGCUCACCCUUCACCCUGCCGAAGUGUGGCAGCUUAAGGUUAUCCGAGGGUGCUGACAGCCACCACACCCAGAGGUUCUGAGCCUCCUCCCUCUGACCAUGGAGAGGCUGUGGGUGAUAGAGGACUCUGCUCCUCUGAGGAAUGGAACACAAAUAGCCACCUGUCACUGUCAGUCACAAAUCCGAAGGAUCACUACAACCAUGUCAGACUCAAAUGUUUUUCUCAUAGCACUUUUGGUGAUAAAAUGAUUGACAGUCUUUUUAAUUGGCAACACCAGUUAUCAUUCCUUAUAUUCUUUUAAGUAUUUUUUUUAAAAUGGGGCUCUUGCAUGACCUAUAUUGUGUUAACAUCCUAAAUAAACAUUUUAUUAAACAGAAUGUAUGGUCUUUUCUAUGAAUUAGGCUUUGAAUAUGUAGUGUUAAGAUGUGUUAAGAUGCUCUAUAGGGCUGCAUACAUUUAAGGUUCACAUAAGGGGCUGGGGAGAUGGCUUGAUGGUUAGGCACUUGCUGUCUGUCCUUUGAGUUCAGUUCCCAGUAUCCAUGUGGUGGCUUACCACCUAAAACUCCUGUUCUAGGGGCUCUAACAUCCUUUGCUGGGCUCUGAGGACAUAAACAAGCAUGUAUACAUCAUUAUACACACAAAAAUAAUCUGGAUGACGUCCUGUUUAUGGAAAAAUGAGGAUGACGUCCUGUUUAUGGAAAAAUGAGGGUUUUUCAUCAUAUUGUGACUGAUUCACUGUAAAUACUAGAAGUGUUGAAUACUUGUAGUGUGCUGACCACAAAAACUGGUUUUGCUUCCUGCAAUUAAAGUGAAGGAAGA